CAAAAAAAAAAAGAAAGGAAAAAUACAUUGCUCUGUUUUGGAUACGAUCAGAACAAAUUAGUCACCGACAAUUUCUCUUUUUGUUGUUGGAAGGUAGCGAAGUAGAAGACGCCAUUCGUGAGCCGUGAGAUUCCUCUUAUUCGGUAAUUGAGGAAGUGAAAUCGUCGAUGAGUUCUUCGGAGAGUGGGGGAGACGAGUGCCUGUGUUGGGCUGCAAGAGAUCCAUCUGGUCUUCUUUCUCCUCAUUCACUCACUCGCAGGUCUGUUACGAGCGACGAUGUUUCACUCAAUAUCACGCACUGUGGAGUGUGUUACGCUGAUGUUAUAUGGACAAGGAACAAACAUGGAGACUCUAAGUACCCUUUGAUUCCUGGGCAUGAGAUUGCUGGAAUAGUGAAUAAGGUUGGGUCUAAUGUUCAUCGAUUCAAAGUUGGAGACCAUGUUGGUGUUGGAACGUAUGUUAACUCCUGCAGGGAGUGUGAAUAUUGUGACCAAGGACAAGAAAUCAGUUGUGUGAAAGGUCAAGUUUUCACUUUCAAUGGCAUUGAUUAUGAUGGCUCUGUUACAAAAGGAGGCUACUCCAGCCACAUUGUUGUUCAUGAGAGGUACUGCUACAAGAUACCUGUGGACUAUCCUCUGGAAUCAGCUGCACCAUUGCUCUGUGCUGGAAUCACGGUUUAUGCGCCUAUGAUGCGUCACAGUAUGAACCAACCUGGUAAAUCUCUAGGGGUGAUCGGGCUUGGUGGGCUUGGCCACAUGGCGGUUAAGUUUGGCAAGGCUUUUGGACUUAAUGUGACGGUUUUUAGCACCAGCAUCUCCAAGAAAGAGGAAGCUUUGAACCUUCUUGGAGCUGACAAUUUCGUUAUCUCGUCUGACCAUGACCAGAUGAAGGGACUAGAGAAAUCUCUAGACUUUAUCAUUGACACAGCAUCUGGUGAUCACCCGUUUGAUCCUUACAUGUCGCUCUUGAAGAUCGCUGGAACUUAUGUCCUGGUUGGUUUCCCAAGGGAAAUAAAAAUCAGUCCAGUCAAUCUUAAUCUUGGUAUGAGAAUGCUCGCGGGAAGCGUAACCGGGGGUACAAAAACGACUCAGGAAAUGAUAGAUUUUUGUGCUGCUCACAAGAUUUAUCCAACUAUAGAAGUGAUUCCCAUUCAAAAGAUUAACGAGGCUCUUGAAAGGGUGGUGAACAAGGACAUCAAGUACCGUUUCGUGAUUGAUAUCAAGAAUUCUCUCAAAUAGAGAACAUAGAUGCCUAAUAAAAAAAAUUCUGAGUUGUCUGAGAAGAGAGGAUUUAGAGAAUUCUUGGUCUCAUUUAGAGGUAACUCUUUAAAGUUUAUAAAGAAGAUAUCCAAAAACUCAUAUCUUUGGCAGUAGAAACAGACAGGUACAAUUGAUAUUGAGGUGAUUAUGCAAUAGAAUAAAUACCCACUGCUGCAAUUCGUAUUUUUCUUCUUUGUAUUUUUUGAUUCAUUAGUAAAGCAAAUAAAUGGAGAUUAUU